AUGAGAUUCAACUGGGCUUCCAGCUUGGUGUUGCUCCUUGCGACCACAGAGGCGGCCAACUGGUUCAGCAAAGCUGUGUACAAUGGAUGGCAUGAAACAGAGCUAGAACGGUGGCUCUCUGACCACGAUAUUCCGUAUCCCUCGCCUGCGGAUCGCAGAGAUCUUGAGGGUUUGGUGAAAACGAAUUGGGACGACAAAGUCCAAAAGCCACUCGGACAUGUCUCCGAGCAGGCCUCAGACCAGUGGCAUCACGCCAGGGAAUGGGUUUUCGAUAGCUGGUCCGACUCCCAGAUCAAGGCGUUCCUCGACCGGCAUGGCGUUCCGGUCCCUCAGCCACGCAAGCGGGACGUCCUUAUUAGCACUGCCCGUGAAAAUUACGAGCCUAUUGCGAAGAAACUUGGCGAGAAAGCUUCCUACCCUGGUAACUGGCUCUUCGCUACAUGGAGCGAGUCCGAGCUGAAGGAAUGGCUUGAUGAGCGUGGAUGGCCUGUGCCUCAACCAUCGACCCGUGACAAGCUCAUUGCUUCCGUGCGUCGCAAUGCUAGAUUAGCCAGUAUCCAAGCUCGGACCAUUGCUGCCUCCGCAUCUGCUUCUGCUGAUGCAGCUCAGGCCACCUUGAGCGAUGCAUUGUUCAGCGCGUGGUCUGAUUCCGACCUGAAGAAAUUCCUGGAUGAGCAUGCAAUUCCAGUGCCGCAGGGUUCCAGACGUAAUGAAAUGAUCGCUUUGGCGAGGAAGAACCGCGCCUCCCUGCUGAGCCAAGCAUCUACGGCUUCGGCGUCAGCUUCACGUCUUGUGGGAGCCGCUACUACCAAGGCUGGAAACGAUUACGCACAGGCAACUGAUGAUGCCGAGAGCAAGGUUCAGGAAGCUUUUGAUGCUGCUGUUCAGAACUGGUCCAACUCACGCCUCAAGGCAUAUCUGGAUGCACGGGGAAUCUCUGUCUCGCAGGCGACCAAGCGUGAUGAGCUGUUGGCAAAGGUUAGGGCAAAUAAAAACAAAGCCGCCAGUGCCUGGAACGCCUGGACUUUUGAGACCUGGGACAUUGAACAUUUGAAGCAAUAUCUGACUUCGAUGAACGCCAAGGCAGCGCAGCGCGCCGACUCCACCCGUGACGACCUCAUGAGACAAGCCCAGGAUGCCUACUCCAAAGCCUCCAAGGCUGGAGGCCAAAACCUGGCCUCUGCUACCUCCUACAUGGCGCAAGCCACCCAAUCGGCCAAGGAUGACACCUUCGACACCUGGUCCCACUCCGAACUCAAAGCCUACCUUGAUUCAUUUGGUAUUCCCGUCUACCAGGGCUCUAACGCCAAUGAGCUGAAGGCAACUGCUCGUCGUAACUCCCAGUACUUCAAGUACGGAACUACCUCUUCUCAGGGCACUUUGUAUGCCAAGUUCCAGGAUACGUACCAAUGGCUCCUGGAUCAGCUAAAGAUCGGGGCUUCGAGUGGAAGAGUUCAGGGACAGGAAGUUGCGGAGAAGGCGAAGGAUAGGUCUUCGGAGGCGGUUAGUGGUAUUCGCUCCGAGCUGUAA